CCCAGAAUGGAGAAGAUGGUGAUGAAGGUGUUGAUUAUGUUUGUCCUUGGAACGAACUACUGGUUCCACUACUGUGCAGGUUUUCCCGUGUAUGACUAUGACCCGUCUUCCUUGAGGGAAGCUGUCAGCGCCUCCGUGGCAAAAGUGAAUUCCCAGUCGCUGAGCCCCUAUCUGUUUCGGGCGUUCAGAAGCUCAAUUAGAAGAGUCAACAUGUUGGAUGAGGACAGCUUGACCAUGGACAUAGAGUUCGGCAUCCGAGAGACGACGUGCAGGAGGGGUUCUAGGGAAGACCCCACCACCUGUGACUUCCAGAGGGGCUACUACGCGCCAGCGGCUGUUUGCAGAAGCACCGUGCGGGUGUCUGCUGAGCAGGUGCAGGACGUGUGGGUUCGCUGCCACUGGUCCUCCAGCUCCGAGUCUAACAGCAGUGAAGAGAUGGUUUGGGGGGAUAUCUUGGGAUCCUCUACAUCAAGAAACAAUUAUCUGCUUGGUCUCACUCCUGACAGCUCCAGAAGUGAGCCAUUUUAUGAACGGUCACUUGAGAUCAUGAGAAGGGGCUUUCCUUCUGGAAAUAGAAGGAACCUGAACCUGUGGCCCAGAGCAAGAGUAAACACUGGCUUUGAGUGACAGCCUUGAGCAAAAUGCAUUGGAAGGAAUAG